AGAACACCACAAUACAGUACCAAAUAGCUUAAGCUAGGGGCAACCUGUGAACACUUCAAGUUUCAUUGAGAUCAUGGGGCCUAAGAUACUUAGUUCGACUACCUUUGUGUUCACAAUUGUUAUAGCUCUAGCAGCUGUGCUGCAAACCGCAGAAGCUGAAACGCACACAGUGAGUUGGAGUAACACAGUUGGAGCCGACUUCUAUACUUCCUGGGCUGCCAAUCAUACCUUCAAAGUUGGCGAUGUUCUAGUGUUCGAUUUCACAACAGGACGACAUGAUGUAGCUGAACUAUCAAAGGAUGCUUAUGAAAAGUGCAACGUCACUGGCUUCAUCAGCAGCCCCAAGAGCGAAGGACCAGCCAACUACACCCUCAGCGCCACCGGUGAUCACUACUUCAUCUGCCGCUUCCCUGAGCACUGUGACCAAGGAGGACAGAAGUUAACAAUCGCUGUCACUGGCGAUUCCGGCUCUGCACCUAGGCCUGCUCCUGCCCCUAGCAGUACUAGUACUCCUCCUCCUUCCAAGUCUGAAUCUCCUCCCCCUUCAACAUCGCCACCACCGAGCACGUCAAGCACUACAGCACCACCGCCAGAGGGCUCGACAGGCAGCUCUUCUCAUGUUCUCACCAUUUCUACUGUGUUCAUGUCUAUUGCCAUAGCUCUUUUCUGCCUCCUCUAGUCUCUAACUCCAUGUACAUAUCAAGUUAUCUCAGCUUGAUACUUAUAUCCAUUUCUUUGGUCCAGCAUGAAUUAUUUUGGAACAAGAGCUUGAUCGAUAUAAUUUAUUUCCUUGAUGGAUUCAUUUGG